AUGAACCGCAUCUGCUGCACCCAGAGCUCAGAGCGGUAUGUGGCCUGGGGACCUCGAGAUCGCUCUUCUGAGAGCAGAAGGGACCCUUCUGUACCCCCGGAGCUGCAGAGCGUCCGCCAUCGGGAGAGCGACGAGAUCGCAGGGCCAGGGAGACUGUGCAGAGGCCCUCAGGCGGGCCUCAGAACAGAAGAUUUGCUCCUGAUUGUGGGGGAUGAGUCAGAGCCUGAUAUCCGCCCCCUGUCUGCUGGCCACCUGCCGCAGGGACAGCAGCAGCCCAUGGCCCAAAUCCUCAGCUGGAUGACUUGUGGUUGCCUCACUAGGCUCCCUGUGGCUGUGUCCCAGAUCCUUCUUCUCAUGGCCUCACCAGAUGGCCCGGAGACCCCCACCAUUUCCCCCUCAAACCCCCGUUACAGUUCUGGGGCAAACCUCAGCCUCUCCUGCCACGCAGACUCUAACCCACCCGCACAGUAUUCUUGGCUCAUCAAUGGGAGGCCCCAGGAGCCCACACAGGAGCUCUUUAUCCCCCACAUCACUGUGAAUGACAGUGGAUCCUAUACCUGCCUCGUCCAUAACUCUGUCACUGGCCUCAAUAGGACCACAGUCAAAAGUAUCACAGUCUCGGAUGACUCAACAGCAGAGAGUGUUGGCCUCUCAGACGGGGCUAUCGUCGGCAUCGUGAUUGGAGUCCUGGUCGGGGUGGCUCUGAUAGCAGCCCUGGCGUACUUUCUGUACAGCAGAAAGACUGGAGGGGCAAGUGACCAGCGUGAUCACACAGAGCACAAACCCUCAGCCUCCAAUCACAGUCAGAGACAUUUUGACAACUCACCUAACCAGAUGGAGGAAGUUGCAUAUUCUUCCCUGAACUUCAGUGCCCAGGAACCAAAGAGACCAACCUCAGCCUCCCUGUCCCCAGCGGCCACAGAAACAGUUUAUUCAGAAGUAAAAAAGAAGUAAUGCAACCUGCCCUGCUCACCGCACUGCCGACUGAUCCCAAGCUUCUCAUCUCCAUCACUAGGGGAUCCCUUUCCCUUCAGAGAAACACUAGGGGAUCCCUUUCCCCUCAGAGAGAAGGAGAAGCCUCUCUCCUUGCUUCACUCCUAGUGAGGCCCCUCCAGGCUGCCUGGUCAAGUGCCUCCCUUCAGAGUCAACAGAUGAAAGGUACAUCCGGGAGUCUGUAGGAAGCCCAGCCUUUCUUGUCACUGAAAUUUGGCAAAACAGACCUUGAGAGUUGCCAGAAACUUCGGCCCCUCCCCCUUUCCUGCCCUGGACUUGAUCUAAAGUUACCUAUUCAGAACACUCUUAUUAUCGAAGUGUGACUUGAAUUUGCUGUAACCCUGAGAGUUAUAUCUUUAUCUUUUGAAAUGCAUGUGCCAGAAAAGAAGAGAGAAAAAGUAAAAGUUGCUCCUGUCUCUCCAAAGCCCAGUGUGAACCUGCUACACACAGGAAAACAAAUAUAUAACCAGUUGUGAACUAGAAAAUUUGACACAUUUGUCCACUGUUAGGUUGUCUAUGUAGGACCAGAGCCUAAACACCUCGCUGCUUGGCUAGAAUGUCACCUAAGCUCUUUGGCAAGCCUGUCUUCAGAGAAUCCACUAGAAGCAACUAGGAAAACUAUAGGUGAUUCUCAAUAGAAAAUGUAAAGAAAAAAAAAAAAAACCACGUAUGUUUUAA